GAACUCUUCUGUUUAGAGUCUUUAAACAAUCUUGACAACGAUGGCGAAAACAAAGAUUUGAAUUAUUUUUUGUUUCAGACAGUUGUUUUAAUUCUCCAAAAUAAACAAGAGAAUGGCAAGCAUGAAAGUUCAAGGGAAUUUAACUGCUAGAGGAGAGGAACCUCCCAUGUUUCUACAGAGGCCCUCUACAGGAAAAUCACAAGAUGUUCGUCACAUUUUGACCAGGACAUUUAGAGACUUAUAUACCAGGGAUGCCAUAGGGCCAGAAACUGUUCGUAAUCUGAAUGUGUCUAAAGGUGGUGAUGAUCCUUAUCAUGAGAGAUAUGUUGAGUCACUACAGAAGGUGUUUGAAGAAAGACAAAGAAGGUUAGAUGAAGCAGCAAAGCUUGAGAAACAUAUCAUGCAGGCCCAGGCUAGAGCAAUGUCUGCUGAUGAAAAAGAACUAAACAGAGUAUCGAAAAGUUGUGAAAAUUAUAAUGAAUUAGGACUUCCACCAGGUAGAUCACAUUUCAGGUCAUGCAUUGAUACUGAUCUAUUGAGGAAGAAUAAGUUACUGACACCUGAAGAUUAUGCCACAGAUGAGCCGUCAGCAGUGCCGCCACCACCAUCUCCAAAGAUUCCUAGUUAUGCUCGAGUAACUGUCUCCUCACAACAACAUACACGUAUGUCUGAGAUGAGGGACCAUUCACCGUUUCCUCCACAGAGGACUGACUUGGAAGACCUAGAAGGACCAACCUUCCUUUCUGAGGAUUUCCAGGAGGGAGGACCCGAGUCAUCCAGGGUAGAUAUGGAAGAAGUUACAAGGACAAAAAGAGAGCAUGGAUGGAAGAUAUAUAUGUCAGAGGAACAAAGGGAACAGGAUAGACAAGAUCUGGCUACGUUACAAUCUAAAGUCAAUUAUAAGAGAAAUCCUCGCUUUGUACCUCCAUCAGCAACACCUGGUGGUAGAACUUUAAUCAAGGGCUAUAACCCUGUCUCCAAACAAGUUGGCAUUAAACCAGAUCUUGGGGAUGAAAAGAAAAAGGAGCCAUCAUUGAUCUUCUUGUUGUCGCCACCUAUUGUAAAGUUUACGAACUACAAGUCUGGACAAGUGUAUGAAUUGACCUUGGAACUUAAGAAUGUAUCAGCCGUGUUAAGACAGUGUAGAGCAUUGCCACCAACAACUUCUUACUUCUCUGUCGGACUAGGUCAGUUUCCAGGAGAGCAUGGUUUGGUAGCCCCUGGAAUGAGUUGUCACUACGCUAUAAGGUUUGCACCAGACUCGUUAAAGGACUAUGAUGAUGUGAUCAGAAUCCAAACCCAGUCAUCAGCACCAAUUUUAGUGCCACUUCAAGGAAGAAGAGAACCUCCAAAGCUUACAUUACCAAAGGUGUUAGAUGUUGGUUACUGUCUAGUGGGUGGCUACCAUGUGGCACAGUUUAUUGUUAAGAACCAUGGUGGUAAUGGAAGAUUUUGUGUAUUGAACAGAAACUCAUGGCCGGCACAUAAUUUCAAGCAAAUAAAUUCAUGGGUUUUUGGUCACAAGAAGUUUGGUAGCUCUAAAUCAUCUGUUGUAACGAAUGGUGCAGUAGCUAUGCCACCCUUUAAUGUCAGACCAUCAGUUGUAGAGUUAAUGAAGGGAGAGAGUGGGGUAAUUGAGGUUAUCUUUAGUCCUAAGUCUGUCAGAAGCUUCACACAAGAAAUGACUUUAAUCUGUGACAACUGCAAUGUUAGCCAUUUUAUGUUACAAGGAGAGUCCCAGAAAGCUGGUGUUGAGUUGGUAUCAGUAGAAAGAGGAACAUCAGAUCCAGUACCAGGAGAGCUAACAGAUAAUACUGCCCAACAUCUGAUUAGAUUCGAUGAUCUCAAUCCAUUUACAUACACUGAUAGGGCCAUCAUUGUUAAAAAUCCAACAAAUGUGUCAUUACCUUUCCAAUGGAAUAUUUAUAAACCUGAUAUGUCUGAGCCUGAGGAGAUGGAGGGAAGGAAGAUAGACAGGGUACCAGAUGUAGAUUCUGUCUUCAGUGUACAUCCUCCUAAUGGAACCCUACCUCCAGCAGGACAGAUAGAGUUCAAAAUCACAUUUGCUCCACCCAUAGUGAAUGAGUUCCACAGUGUAUUACACAUGCAGUUACAACAAGUUCCUCCCUUCAGUGAGAGUGGAUCUGCUAAAUCAUCAAAGGCAGGUAGCUCUGAACAUGGGGAUGACGAAAACUUAGAUGACAGUGUUUCAGAAAUUAUCUUAAACACUGAUGUGAAAGAGAGUAGAGAUUACACAGCAUUAGAAAUAGAAGUAAAGGGGAGCAGUAUUCCACUGAACGUGGUUCUUCAUCCCUAUGCUAUUUAUAUACCAGGUCAAAACUUGGUCGGAACUACGGUCAAGAAACUAUUUGCUAUGGCCAAUCAUAGCAGAUCAACUGUGACUUUUACAUGGCAGCCAUGUAAUGAAAAACAUAUACUAGAAGUAGAGCCACCUUUUGGCGAACUUGAUCCAGGAAUGGCUAUGGAUAUGGAGAUCAGUAUAACAGGUGCUGAGCCGGGGAAAGUCAUUGACAAUCUCUACUGUUAUGUCAUGAAUCUGGACGAACCAUUACAUCUUCAUGUGGAGGCUGAUUUCAAGGGACCAGAACUGCAAAUUGAAGAGCCUGAUAUUAAUUUUGGACUGAUCCGACUUGGCCAGAGUAUUACAAAGGAAAUAACACUGAUGAAUAAAUCACAAAUUAUAACCAAAUGGAGCAUACAAGAUAGUCCUGUGUUUUCAUCAUCUGACGACCCAAUGGCUGUAAGUGAGUUUACAUUUACACCAUCAAGUGGAGAAGUUCAACCAUUAGGUAAGACAAAAGUGUCUAUCAAAUUCACUCCAACAGCUAUCAAGUCAGUCAAGAGAGUGUUUGAAGUGACUGUUGAGGAUGGAAAUGAAUGUAAUAUAUCUGCCAUUGGAGAAGUACAGUCCCCUAUGGUAUGUUUGUCAUCUUGUGAGAUCUGUAUGGAGGAUGUUUAUAAACAGGUACCAGUUAGGUACCAGGCUGUACUUGUUAACCAAACACUUCUUGCUACAGAGUUUAAAUGGGGUCAGGUUGAAGGAGAGCAUGCCAAAGACUGUGAGAUUGAACUUGACCCAAUGACUGGUUGUAUAAAUCCAAGGGAAGAGAAGGCCAUCACUGUAAACUUUAGAGCUAAUAGGAGUGGAGAGUUUUCAGACCUUAGAAUACCAUGCUUUGUUGAAGGAAUCGAAGCUCCACUAUACCUAGGUCUGUUUGCUGAUGUUAAAGGACUAUCAGCUUCAUACAGAAUGUCCACAGAUGGAACUAACACUCAAUCUGCAGAGAAGCUAGACUUUGGUGAAGUGUUGAUUGGUACAACACCUAAAUUAUAUCUCCAUAUUAGUAAUGAGUCGGCUAUCUCAGCUCAUUAUAGUAUUAGUGCAGACUACUUCAUUGCCAAGCCCCCGACACCUCCCCAGGACAAAGCGAAUAGAAGUACAAGAAAGUCAUUGCUAAACAAAACACCAAAUCUUGCAGACCCCCUUGCCAAGACAUCAGCUAAAGCUAGAGCAGAUUUAUGCCAGGCCAUGUUAGUACAAGGUCUCGGAGCAUCGUUUGUAGCACUACCAGCAUCAGGCAAGCUCCAGCCAUAUAGUAAGGAAUUGAUUGAAAUAACAGCUUAUAGUGAUAUGUGGGGAUCAUAUACUGACACUAUCAACAUCAAGGUUGGAGAUUUGGACACUAAUUAUAUACCGGUCAGUAUGAAUGUCAUAGGAUGUCCACUGAACUUCCAAAUGACUGCUGCCAAACAUGAACAGAAACCAGUUGUCAGAUUUGGUACCCAUGUGUCAGGGGUAGCACCUAUAAAUAGAUCUAUGAGAAUUAACAAUAUCAGCCCUUUUGAUAUCCGAGUAGACUGGGAGACCUACAAUAUUGUUGAUGAAGACAACAAGAUAUUGGAUGUGAUGGUUGCCUUUGGUAAUGCUUUCCCACCCAGAGAUACCAAGGGAACAGAAAUUAUACCACCAUGGCAAAGUGAAGAGGAAACGGCUCCUGAACCUAUCAAGAGAAUGCCAACAGAUAUGAUUCCAGACACAGCUGAUUCUUCACCGUUAGUCAGCAGAGGUCACUCCAAAUACUCACUACGUUCUCAACCAUACAUGGAACUAGAAGAAGACUCAGACUCUGAAGAGGAAGAGGUUGAGCUAGAGGUCAAGGAGGAAGAAAACAGACUUAAAGUAGUGUCCCUGUUCUACAGAGCUCAUGAAGGGGUACCAGCUCAAGAACCUUACAACAUAAAAGCUAAACAGCUGGUGAUCCCAGCUAGAGGAUUCUCCAAUGUUAACAUCACGUUUACACCACUACCAACAGAAGAAGUCACACAGGAGAUGGACUGUGAAGGAUAUGCCAUUGCCCAUAUGAGUUUAGAUAAGAAUCCUGAUGUUGAAAAUAAAGUAACAAGAAAACAGGGAUUUGAAGUUAAUCCUCUCCAUCUUGAUAUGGCUGCUCAUCUUAAACCUGCAUUAUUAAGUAUGGAAUGCAUGGACGAGGAAGGCAUGAGAUACAGAUCUGCUAUGAGUGAUCUAAUGUUGGACAGUCAAGGAAAUACCCAUUCUGAGAGUUUCCGAGUAAUGGGAGCUAUAUUAUCUAACCAUACAGAGAGUCCGCUUGCCUUUAGACUGAUAUCAAAACCUCCAUUCUUGUUAGUCGAUUUAGAUCCCUCAACAAACAGAGAAGAAUUAACUAAAGCAUAUGUUACAGAAUUCCAAACAUUGAAACCUCAACAUAAUCUACCGGUAAAGAUAGCAUUUCAGACAACCACAGACUUACUAAAAUACCUAAAUGACUCUGACCAUGAUAACAUUGCCUUGAGAGAACAGGAUGGUAAAAAGAUUGACAUUAAAGAUGACCUUGUUGUAGAGUUCAACAAUGGAACCACACAGAAACUUCCACUGUAUGCUACGCUAUCUGUACCUCAGAUGGAAUUAUCAAAAGAAUCACUGGACUUUGGUGUCUGUUUAGUAGGACAGAGAAGGGAGCUACAACUGACCAUAUCUAACAAGACAGCUUCUCAUUGUCACUGGAGAGUCUAUCAAGAGAGCACAAUCGACAGCAGCACUAUUGAUAGGUUCUCCAUUGAACCAACAGAAGGAUAUUUAGAGGCUCACAUUACCCAUGUGUCAGACAGUAAAUCUCUCCUUAAAGUCUACUUCACUGCCAAGCAUUCUGAGCAUUAUGAAACUGUAUUUGUUUUCCGUGGAAACCUUGGUGAAGAAUCACGUAAAUUGUUUAUCAGAGGCACUGGAUCUUAUGAUGAGAAACAUGAAGCCAUUUUGAAUGUGUAAUUGAUAUUCAUUGACAUGUCAUGUGACUAAAUUUUAGAAUGGUAUAUGUUUAUGUGUAAUUAAUUGCUACAUUAUUUUUUAUGGAGGGAUUCUCUCAAAGCUGGUUAUAUUUGUUCAUGUUAAUAACAGUGCUUAUGCAUAAGUUUAAAUGUCUUUUUUCAUACUAGCAACAUUAAAGGUCAAAGCUUGCAUGAGCAAGGUAGUAUAUUUUUAACUGUUGAUAAGCAGUUUAUUUUCCCAAAUUUUAAAACAGCAUUUGUCUUAAAUUAAAUGAUAGAAUUUUGAAUUUUGAUAAUAUAGUUGGUAAAUAUAGCUCUUACAAAAAUCAAGUUGAUAAUGUAAUUCAUCUAUUUUUGUGAAUUCUAUUUGGCAAUAAUUCUCUAGUGAUUAAUUUCACUUAUCCUAAGAACUAAGAACUGAGAACUGAUUAUAUUUCAUAAUUGAUCUGUUAAAAAUUAGUUUCCAGACCGGAAAUUUUCUUACAAAUCAUUAGAUUUCAAACAUUUUUAAAAAUAAUUUGCAGAACAAAGUUUGAAAUAAUCUAUUUAAUUUAACUGUGAAGAAGUGAAAUGUACAUAAUUACAGUGAGUUUUUAAACCACUGUGAUGUAUGCUAUAAUACUUGUUGAUUUACAUUUGUUAUUCUAUAAUACAUUCCGUCCAAUGUUUUAUUGUAUAUUUUGUCAUUCUUGUCCAAUGUUUUAUUUUAUAUUUUGUCAUGUUUCUCUGGGAAAUUAAUGUACUUAAGUAUCUUGUUUUUUAUAAUUGCUAACAGUCAAUUGAGAUGAGGAACUUGUGUUCCUUUUUGUAUCUUUGCUUUUAUCUAGGCUCUAAAGACUAGGUUUAUUUUCUGUUGUAAUACCUUGGUUACAAGUUGAUAAAUAAGUGUUAAUAUGUUGAUUCAUUUGAUUGCUGUAUUUCAAUGAUACCUACUUUGAUGAAUUUUCACUGAAUAGAGAUAAAACAGAAUUUAUGUAAAGAUAAGUUUAAUUUAAUUUUAAUUUAAGUUUGUUAUUGUGUUUAAAUGGUUAAAAUUCACCAAGUUCGUCAAAGUCUCAUCACUUCUUGCUAGUGCCAGGCUUUAUGUGUACACUAUUGGAAUGUGUUAUCAAAUCCAAAAUUUUAAAUAUUUCUAUAUGUACAUGCUAAAACAAAAGAAGUUUACCAGUUUUUUGUGAUGAUAAGAAUUAAAACAAUAUUUAUAAUUGAGAACUGUGAUAUUAAAAAUUAUUGCAU